GUUAAAGUUAAGUCAGACAGUCGGCAUCCAUAUUGUUUGUUAUUGAUGAUCAUUUUACAUAUUUCAGGUGCUCAUGCUCUCUGUAGUCGAGCUGCUUGCAAACCGAACGCUGUCGACAAGUGUCUCUUCAACGAAGUCUCUAAGGCCAGGUCAAGAACAGGGAAACUCUAUAACACCAACUGGUUUGGUUUCCAUGUAGUUCAUUCUAUAUACAAAAGUUGUUCACAACAAAAGACUGAAUUUACAUAUUUGGAACAAACUGUGAUUUUCAUUCUCAUUGUAACCAGUCAGGCCCUCCAGUAUGGGAUUAGUUUGCUCCUGUUUGAAUCUGCAAGAGUUCCACCAUAGUAAAAAUCCAAUUUCAGAAACAUAUGCCUUUAUUUACGUUGCGUGUGUGCCAUAUGCAUGAGCUGCAUUUUGUUUUGUGUACGUGUGCUUUCACUCGUCUUGACUCCACAAAUAAUAAAAAUAAAUAAAUAUACACUUUUAUUAAUCCCCAAGGGGAAAUUAGUUCUCUGCAUUUAACCCAUCCUUAGUUAUUAAGGAGCAGUGGGCUGCGGUGACUCUUUAGCUAAACGGCCCUAAACAGCUUCCCAUUCAUUCUCUAUGGCGGUGUCUAAAAUCGCCGAUGUAAUAUAUCUCUGGCCACUCGCAGCUCAGUGGCGCUGUUUUCAGAGUGAAGCUCCUCCCGCUCCUCCGUCUCAUUCGGUCUCUGCUGUGAGAAGGACAGACUGCAUGUACGGAGCUCUCCACCGUUGCAUCCAACAGAGAGAUGAGCAGACAUGUGUUUUACCCUGGGAGAAUGGCUGUUUCAUUCCUUCCGCUGGCUUCUGGAGAAUGACAUUUGAUACACCAUCUACCUCAUCAGGAACCAGCAAAGAGAGGAAGCUGCAGGAGUGUUCAUGGCAGCGGGGCACAACAAGGACAGCCUCCUGUCCUUUCUCAACUAUUCCCUCAUGUUUGGAGGAAUCCAGUCUCUCCUCAACUAUGAGGAACACAAGCCAGUUGUGACAGCAGCAGCAUCGGAGGAUGAUCAGCUGGUGGGUUUUGGGACUCGUGCCUACAGCACCUGGCGAGAGGUCUGGGAGAGCAGGGAGGACAGCUAUGCAUCCUUCAUCCUGAAGAAGAAGAACUGCACUGCAGGCACAAAGAUGCAUAAGCUUCAACUCUACCUGAAGAAGAAGCUGCAGCCACCCACUGUCUCCCCUCUGAUGUCACACACCUCACCUGUGAUGUCACACGCCUCACCUGCUCCUGCUGAAGCCAUUGUGAUGGAUGAAGAUGAAGAGCUGGAGAGGAUGAUGCUGAGCAUCUCUCCUUCAAAGCAACAUGUGCAGAGCUUUGUUUCUGCAUCUUCGUCAUCCUCCUCAUCUGCCAGACGACGAGAAAGAGGUCUUUAACCCAGAGCACCGUGCUGCCGACCGACACAACUGGGACCAUGAGUUCCUCUCCCACAUGCAGCAGGACUCGUCUGGUGUCGACCGUGUUCUGGUCCUGUUUGUCUUUUGGUGUUCCACCUGUUGUCCUCGUGACUAUGAAGGGACUCCGGUCCUGAUGAGGGUACGUAUCCAUCUUUGUUUUCUGAUGUGCAUGAAAAGAAACUGCUGUGCUCCUAACACCUGUUGGCAUGUGUUUGCUGUGUGUUUGAAGUCAAGGUGCUUCCCCUGCCUAGGUGACAUAGUGAUGACUGGCUCCUGAAUAUUAACCCAUUGCAACAUGAACACAUGUGUAUGAAUGAAAUAUACUCUGUACGUAAUAAUGUUAGAAACAGUCUGAUUGGAUUUGGCUGAACAAAGCAGGUGAAGUAAAGAUACAUUCUGCCUUUACUAACAGCAGUUUUUGUGUACUGUCAAAGUAUAAAUAACAAACAAAGGUUUUUCCGUUGCAGUACCAUCUGCUACACAGGCAGCACCAGCCAAGGCUCAGGGUCCACCAGGAGAUGCUCCUGCAUCUCCAUCUGUGAAGAGACCUGAGCCCAUUCCCCAGGAGCUCGUGUGUCUGAUGCCAGAAGCAACACGUCAUCCGUCAGCAGAGCCGACUGUCACACUUCCUGUGUCAGAGGAGCUCCUGAUUUCUCCCGAGACGUCUGCAGAGCCCGGUCAACUGCCAACUCCACAGAGAGGGCAAAGUGAGCCAUUCCCCAGGCCAAUAGCCGUCCCCACCGGUCCUCCUCCACAGCUUCCUGGCUACGACCAUGACGUCAGCCAGUGGAACUGUUCACAGCAGCAGAGGAUCUGGAUAAAGACGGAGCUGGAAGCUAUGGGUCUCUGGCCAGGAUCCAUUCCUGUGUGGAUCCCCAUCAGAGGCACAUCCCAGCAGGAGGGAUAUCACUUCCACCAGGCUCAGUGGGUGACUGGAACACGAGUUUCCCCUGAGCUGUUUCAAGCUCAGGGGAUGACUGGGGUGGCCCGGUGGAAUUACCAGCGCCUGGUGGACUUGAAGCAGCCGGGCGUUCACCUCCCAGCCGUCUUUGAUCCUGCAUUGAUGGCCCAGCUCAACGCAGCCUCCGAACGGGUGUUGGGACAGAUGAAGUAUCCAGCAUUUCAUCUCUCUAGCACCGACACUGGAGAGAAGUUUGGCCUGCAGUACGUUGAGCCUGGUUGCCGCCCAGUUCCUGUGGACUGGGACAAGCACAGGACCAAGUCGGACUCUGCCCCCCCGGCCCUGAAUCCACCUCCUCAAAGCAGCGUGCCUACUGUCCAGUCAUCCUCACCCUUCAUGGCACCACAGAAGCUGUUCCAGUUUCCUCCACGCCCUCCUGUGGAUUCUGCUGCUGUCAAACCAGACGUGACUCCCGGGCCUCCGACAGAUCCAGAAACAUGUCGGCCGUCUCUGCCGCUGCUGUCCUCGCCGACUGCCGCUCGCACUGGACCUGUGAAGACAGGGGGGAGAGUGUUUGUGUUGGACCACAAGCGGUGGCCGGCCCCCAUGAAGGCAACUAUUGACAACCUGCUCAAUAAACACCGUGGCAUGAAGGACAUGCUCAAGCUAGUGGACCAGGACUAUGCUGCUCUAGUUCACAACUCUUGCACAGAUCCAAACAGCAUGCUCCACCCAACAACUAAACACCACAUCUUGCAAUAUGUCAAACACCUUUGCAAGUUACUGAACACCAGCUCGUCUUUAAACACCAGCCCCGAAAAACUGCAAGAGCGGCAGGAACUCUGGCACGCUCUGACAAAGGGCAGCGAGACGACCCGGGUGCCGGUUGUAACAAUGCCUGUUGCAGUCGUGAACCCACCUCCACCUAGUCAGACCCUCACUAGAGCCUCUAUUGAGCAAAUUGUUCAAAAUCUAAUCGAAAAACAACAACAGCAUCAGCAGCAACAACAACAACAACAACAACCAGUGGCUUCAAAGAAGCAGACAAAAACGUGCCUUUCCUGUGGUCAGCCGAAGUCCAAGUAUGAGAAUGAUGGUUCCUCCAUCCACUUCCUCUACCAGCAGGGCCCCGUCAGAUACUUUUACUGCUCCACUAAAGUUUUUAAAACUUAUGGUGCUGAGGGUUUGACGAACCCAAAAAUGCCAUUUAAUGACUUUGCAGGAACACAGUUCUUUCAGCAGGAACUGUCUGCCACAAAGAAAAGGGUGGAGGAGAGAGGCCAGCAGAAGAGGAAGAGGACUGAAUCCCAGCACACAGAACCCCAGAACACUGGUCCAAGGUGUCGCUUUUGUGGGAUGGGACUGAAGCAGGGCCCAAACAGUCCUCAUAUUCACACCGGGUUCCCGGGGGUAGCAGGGAAGUACGUUUAUUGUCCUGCCAAAGUACUUUCCCUGUACAGAGACCAGGGCAUGGAGAAGGAGAUGACGUGGAGAGAGUUCCAGGCGUCUGCCUUCUAUGAGACGGAAAAAAACAGAUGGGCCGUUGCCAAGAGAAACUAAGAGAGAUGGGCAGUGUUUUCUCAUGUAUAUAUCUUUUCUUAUUUUAAGAAUUACAUUCUUUUAUUCUAUAAAUUAUAUUUGUUUUACUAUUUUUAUUGUUUUUAUUGUUUGUGUGACCUUGCACUAUGGGCUGUGUGUUCAAUAUUUACUGUCCCUGUUGUGAAUAAAUAUAUUUCAUGGA